UCCAGAAAGAGCAGACCUGGUGAACCUCUGUUAAUAAGCAAGGUGAUUCCGGGCAGUGUAGCAAGUAGAUGUGGUUCCAUCAGUCCUGGUGACAUUCUCCUUGCCGUCAACGGGAUCUCUCUGGAGGCCUGUAGCAUUACCGAUGCGGCUCGUCUCCUUCAAACCUCCGAGGAAAUCGUCACUUUGCGAAUUCAGAAACCCGAUGAGGAGCCUGCCACCCCGAUCUCUGACGAGGGACUCCCCUCUUGUUGCCAAAGCGACCUUGAAAUCGUUCGAGACGAUGACAACGAUUUCAGUCUAGGUGGUGGUGGUGGUGGUCCUUUUGACGCGAAUGUCACUCAAGAUGAUGAAUUUCUCAGCCAAUCGGCAGAUGAGUCGAUAUCACAUCUUCCUGCUCCACCUCCCAGGCCGCCCAGAAGGUACCGAGGCCAGCGAGACAAGCGAUCGCAACAGCACAGACACGCAGCAGGUACUGCAAGAAAUCAGCAACAGCAAGUGGAAAGUGAAAAUGGAAGCGAUGGAAGGAGAGCAAAUCCCUCGGAUAGUUUUUCUUCCGAUCGAUUCAGUGAAAAUAUGUGUUCAGGUAAGUAA